AAGAUCAUUCGUUGGAUCAUUUGUUUAUUGUCUUUCUACCACACAUAUAAUCCACACAUCCUUGGUGCUUUGCAAGCAACACGUCAAACACAUGUCCUCAUCAUGCCCGAAUCGAAGAACAUAACACAUGCUUCGACAUUCCAAAUCACGUAUUCAAUUCAACUAAUUGACACAUGUCCAUUCCAUCUAAAAGUAUAGUGUUUUCUCUUCCUUGCUCUUCACCAUGCAAAUUAGAAAGGAUUUUAACCCAAGUAAGGGCUAACAAUUCCAAAAUCAUGUAUGAGUUCAUUUUCUGCAUUCUACAUCUAAGCAUUGAAGUGGCCCAUCAUUUCCCAAUCAGUAUUCCUAUUUUUAAAGCUCCUUUAUCAACUUUUGUCAAUGACUUUCCUAGUGGAAAACACAUACAUUAUGCACCAAAUAUUUGACUAGACAACCAUCAUGUAUUUGUAGGUUGAACCUACAAGCCAAAUGAGAGAAUAUAAAAUUGCAUUGGCUUAUAGAUGAUAUUGGUAAGCUAGAAUUUGAAACUAGAGGGUUUCAAUGGGGCAAUUUGUACCUCAUGUAGUUUCUGGUUUUGUAUUCACCCUUCUUGGCCUUUGGCACACUGUGAAUACAAUCAGAGCCUACAAUCUCAAAGGCUCUUCAAACUUCAAAGUCAGAUUUUGGUACCCUCUCGAAUGGCCGCUUUCCAGACUCAAGUACUUCGAGCUUGUUUUCGUGUUCUCUUUUUCAGUACUUGCAAUUUUCAGACAGUUUUGGGACUACCCUUUUCUUCACUUGUCUUUCAAAGUCAUCAACUUGGAGCAUGCGACCAUGUUCCUGCACCUUGCCAUAUUUUCGGGUUUUAUCCUCUACAACGAGUUGAAUCGUUCGACAAACUUAUCAUCUGGGGUCGAAGGCAUAUUUGCAGCCUCUGUCUUCAGUCAGGAACUGUUCUUGCUCCAUUUCCACUCGGCUGACCACAAUGGUGUUGAAGGCCAUUACCAUUGGCUCCUACAGCUCAUAGUGUUCGCGUCUCUCGUGUCGGUACUCGUAGCUACUUGUUGUCCUACCAGCUUCCCUGCAGCUCUUGUUCUUUCAUUGUUGGUUGUUUUGCAAGGGUGCUGGUUUAUGGAUAUGGGGUUUAUGUUAUGGGUUCCAGACCUGGUUCCUAAGGGCUGCAGCAUGAGGAUCGUGGAGAAAGGCAAAGACGAAAUGCUUGGAGCAGUCGUCUGUGCCUCUCCAGAAGCUGAUAUGAGGGCACGGGCGCUCGCCAACCUGCAAUUCAGUUGGAUACUUGCUGGAAUCCUGAUAUUAACAGGAUUUAUAAGCCUCAAAUGGAUUAAACCUGAAAAUUAUAGUUCAAAGAUCCAGUUGUCCGACUACGAGCAGCUUUAAGCAGCAAAAAUGAUGUCGAUAUGCGUUAACAUAGCUACUACCAGCAGUAAGGUCAUGAAUGAGGUGAAUCAAAUUGUCAAAAGGGACAAAGUCAAUAUCCUUUAAAGACUACUAAAAGGCUAUCCAACCAAAAUAAAUAACUAUAGAACUAAUGGUAAGUUGCUACAGAAUAGAACUUUGUUGAUGAACUAAGUAGUUUCAGCAUCCAAUAUUGCAAGUUCAACCGUUUUCGAGACCCACCUCUAUAAGAAUCAUACAUGAAGAGAAAGUCCUCUUUAAUGUCACACUUUUCGACUCCUGUAUUAUUCGACUUUCUAGCAAGUAGCAUAUACGGUAUGAAAGACGUUUUCGUUACUGAUACACGCCUAUUAACUGGGAUGAAGCUUAUUUUUCAUCCCAGCGGCUUG